UAUGGGAUGGCGGCGGUCGGUCAGUAGGGAAGAAAAGAAAAGAUCUGCGCACCGCACCGCACGCCACGCCUCUUUCCCCAUCCCCAUCCCCUUCCCCUUCCUCUGCUGCCUGUGAUCGCCGCGGCGAAGAAGCAACUCCCCUCCUCGCUGAAAACAUGGAGCCUGACCACAGUGGCACGGACCAGACCUCUCCGCGCGGGAAUGAUUGGGAAGUCGUGCAACUCACUGCAUCAACAUACGCAGCUGCACCUGGACCUGCACCAAGGAGACCUGAACCUUCUGAGGAGUCUGAAGCUAAGAAAUACAGCACCAAAGGGGAUGAUUCAGCAGCUGCGCUCUUGAUGUCUGGCCAUUUUUCUGUGUCUCAGACUGAGGUUGAGAGCCUCCUCAUAGGCGCAGACAGCAAAGAACCGCACAAGGAGCUUUGCAGCCAAGAUGCAGUUUCUAACGAGGGUGAUGAACAAAAAUACCAAGAAACUUGCAAGCAUAAAUUGGAGGAUGACCUCCCCAGUAUUCCAUCCUUGGACAAAGGGAAAAAUGUUACCUUGGGUGAUAUGGAGUUUGAUGAUGGCAAAGCAUUGCAGGGCAUGAGUCUGGUGGGGGAAGAGUCGGUUGGGUUCUCAUCACCUAUUUACAGCUCAAUUGAGGCUGAAAAGGAUUUAGGUCGAUCAGCUAUGGAGAGUAGAAAUGAGAAGAAAACUGAGGAGUCAACUCUGCAUAUUGUGAACCCCAAAACUGGUUCAUCAAAUGUUGUUUCAUCUGAUGAACAGAACAAACCUGAUGGUUCAGGCCCACGGGAUGCAUGGUGGAAGAAGCAGCUUUUAUCUCUGUACAAGAAUGCAAAGGAGAGCAACAAUUUCUGGCCUAUCGUUGCGGCUGCUGCUGCUGCUGCUGCUCUGGUGGGCCUGGCAUAUUUUGGGCACCGCUGGCAUAAGGGCAAGCUGCAACUUCAGCUGGGCAAACAGCCACCUUCUGGCAACAAGGAGACUCUUGUUUUUAUUUCAGAAAAUCAAUGAUGCAGUUAGACCUUUAAACCGUAUCAAGGACAUUCUUGUUGCUGGCAAUCACCCAAGUCCCGGUAUCCAUGGGCAUGCCCGAGCAAGCGGAAUGUGAUCAAUCAGUAAAACCCAUCAGCAUCCCCAAUCCAUCAAUGAAGACAAUGGCGCAAAACUGGAGCAAUGGUUCAGGCUUGAGGAUGUUUAUGCAAGUAUGUUUGGUGGCUAUGUAAAUUCCAAAACCCCUUUUGGAUAUGUAAAUAUAUGAGUUUAGCGUGGUUGCCCUUUUCAUUUGGUCACUUCAUCGAACCUCCAGUGUUUUCAUUCCGCACUGUCGAUCAACUACUGUGUAGUGUGUACCCACCAUAUAUGACUGUCUUGUUUGAGAUUGCUCACGCAUAUGAUGGGGAUAUGGUCUGGUUUUCAUAUCAGCAAAUUUAUUUCACCCUUAA